GUGAACAUCAAGCCAGGAGCAGUGCACCAUUACAGAACUUUUCGAACAAUUAUAGAAACGUCCAGAAAAAUGGCAACUUGUUUCGUAUUGGCAGUGGUGUUCUUCAGCGCAGCAGUUGAGGCCCAGACCACUCGAGUCGAUUCCUCGACUCUGGAGACGUUUCAACUGGAGUAUAAACAAACGACCAUACUUUUCAAGGAAUGUACCGAUGCUUCCCACGCAGUUGAAGGAAGUCUGUACUCCGUAACAGUGGCUGAGAAUCUCGAGUACAUUCGAGCAUCAUUCACUGACAUCACGGCAGACUGGCAGAAGGAAGCCGAACCUGAAGACACAGUAUCGUGUGCCAUCAGAGCGCAUGAAGAGGAUGCUCUCAUGUUUCAAUUCACGAGCUCCAAUGGUUGCCUGCUUGCGCUCAACGAGGCUUUUGACCGCAGUUUGCAGUCGUGCAACAUUACCGACGACUCGAAAAUAGUCUUCAUUAAGAGUGCAGGAAUUUGCUUCGAUGGAGGUAAAGCCUACAGGGAGGGUGAGACCUCAGACGAAAUGUGUCCGCGGACUUGUGAAGAAGAUGCAUUCAAAGAUUUCGUAUCGGAUGGCGAUGAAGUUUCGCUGUAUCCUGAUACACCCUUCACCUGCUGCCCAGUGUGGAUCAAGCCGUGCUAUGCCACGGUACAUGAACUUGCCCUCGACGCUUGCUCUGCAGUGGCUUUCUGUAAAGCUUUCGGCCUCGUGAUACCUUAUGACAAUGCGGCCGAUAUUUCAGAUGUGGCAAAAUAUGCAUAUGAAUUCAGUGGGGAUGGCAUGUGGGCUAAUGUAUUUAAAGGAAAAGAUGGAGUGUGGCGCUAUGGGGCCUCAUCUGGGUCAGUUGACCCAUCUUUGUGGGUGGCCGGUCAUCCUGAGUCCGGAAAAAACUGCGCGGUGGUCACAGUGGAAGGCAAGAUCCGGAGUGCCGACUGCAAUAGUCAAGUUAAUUUUCAGUGUCGUGAGCCUGUAGCAGGAGUUUACGGCUUUUGUGCACAGCAAGAUCCAGCUUUCUUCCCUGUAGGAUAGUUAUGACUUUUAUACAGAGCGAUAUGAAGUUUUCUUCCCUGUAGGAUAGUUAUGACUUUUAUACAGAGCGAUAUGAAGUUUUCUUCCCUGUAGGAUAGUUAUGACUUUUCUGAAGAGAAAUAUAAUGUUUUAUUUCAUGUAGGAUAAUUAUGACUUUUGUGUAGUGCAGGAUCUAGCUUUCCUCCCUGUAGGAUAAGUUUCAACCAAUGAUUCAAUUGUCGGGGAAAUUAGCUGAUCUUUUUAAAUAAAAACUUCGUAUUAAGAAGUGUUGACACGUUGAAUGUUGACGUGUUGAGUGUUGAC